AUGAAGUGCCUUCAACAUAAAACUCUCGUUCAUAUUCCGUUGUUGAAUAUGGACCUUGUAUUCUAUUAUUUGCGAAAAGCUAUCUUAGAGGAGCUUCCUAACGCUGAGAAUGUAAAAGCCAUCCAACUCACUCUAUGGAGGGUCAAAGUUGCUUCAAGUGUAUUUAGGAAUAAGGACAUUGACAUUGAUACUUAUUUAAACGAUGAAUUAGAAGAUUCAUCGGAUACAGUUGGAAAUGCAUUUCAAAACGUUGAAGGAAGUAAUAUUCGAGUUGUUGUCGGUGUUCCCGUUACUGGAUUUGACAAUAAUAGCCAUGAAGGCUACCUCCAUAAAAAUAUGCUUUCUGCACUAUUUAAAAAGGUUAUUGGAAAUCCCUGGCUCUUCUUAAUGGGCAAUUCCGGAACAUAUGGAAUUUACUUUUCAUUAAAUGCCGGAAAUGGUUUCAGAAACUUGAGAUCUCAAGACAUGAACAUUUCUAUCACUGAUUUAGGCAAAUACUUAACUGCUAACGACCCUAAAAAAUACACACAGUUCCAUAAACAGCGAAAUUUUACACUAAAGAAUUGGCUUAUAUUGCAACUCUUGUCAAGGAAACUUGAUGGAGAUGACUUCUGGAUUACCAUUUCAUGUCAAAAGCAAUUACUAAUUGCAAUUGAUGAAUCACAAGCAAUCAUCAUUAAUGCAGGGAAUUUAUGUCUUGUAUUAUCAGAAACAGGAAUGAGUUUUGAUGAUAUCAAACUUCAUGCUGCCUCUACUAUUGCUAAAUCUGGUGAUGCCACAUUCAGGAAUUUUUUCAGUAUAUAUGAUGGGUUUUACGAAUGUAAUGAGAUGAGCAAGUUUAUUUGGCGAUUUUUACCACUAGAUAAUAAGCUAAUAAAAAGUACCUUCAAUAUAUUUCAGGAUCACCAACGAUUUAUAGUCCAGUUUUUGGAACAUGCUCUAUUAGAUACAUCCUCAAUGUUCCAGAAUGAUGUGAAUAAAAAUGUGGAGAUUUGGCAACGUAAUGCAUUUAAUUUCAUAAUUACUACCUUCAUAAAAUCAUGUUUUCCUAAUUUACGUAAAAAGAAAGAAGCAUGGAAUAAAGUGCUGAAUAUUAUGAUUCUUAACUUGUUUUCUUAUCAUACAAAGUUAGUGAAAGGAAAUGGAAUUGCAGAAAUAGUUCAAUAUGAAUUUGCCCAACUUUGCAGUUUCAAAGGCUUAUAUGAUUUAAAUACUUUUCAAAUGGAUGUCAUUUCAGUACAAAUAGCAGAACUGAUUUCCAUCUUGACGUUUAGAGACUAUAUGAAAAAGACUCCUAAUGAAUUUAAGGCUAAAUUAUUAGAAAAUCUAUGUUCAGUUCAUUAUAAUGCAUCAUGCGCAGUCUCUUGUAAAACAACUAUUCGUAACUUUGAUGACAAAAACUUAACCAUACUUUAUUUAAAUGGUAAUAUGAAGAAGGAAAAUCCACCUGAUUUUUUCAAGAAUCUCACUAUUACUUUUUUUAUGCUGAAAAAAGUUGCUAGUCCAGAUUUAACAAAACUAAUAAAAGGUACACCUAGUGUCACAACUAAAGAUACAACAGAUUUGCAUCAUUUCUAUCCUUAUGGAGAAAAACGAAUUGAGACGAAAAAGAGGCUAAGAAAAGAAGUGCUUGAUUGCUUAAAAUCUAAGUAUUAUAAGGAUUCACAACCAAGAAGAUCAGUAGCUUCUAAUUUUAAUGACCCAAAAG